AUGGACAGUCUACAUCGAGCGCGUCAAGCGAACAAGUCCGUGAGCGGGCGACGCUCAAAGCUGGUGGCAGUCUUUGUAGGAGGAACCAGUGGUAUUGGCGAAGCAACAGCGAAACAGUUAGCGGCCAUAAUUGAAUUUCCCACGAUCUACCUUGUCGGUCGCAAUGGGUCAGCUGGUUCUCGGAUAACACAAGAGCUUACUACGUUGAAUCCCCGUGGAACAUUCGAAUUCAUCAAGUCAGACGUAUCACUCCUUCGAGAAGUUGAUACAACCUGUCAACAUAUCCAAAGAAAAGAGCGCAUGGUGGACCUGUUAUUCAUGACACCGGGCCACCUAGCGACGCGGAAGAAUGAUACAGUGGAAGGGCUUGACAACAACCACGUGCUCCGCUACUAUGCGCGAAUGCGAUUUAUCCACAACCUCCUCCCUCAACUAGAAGCAGCCGAGUUUCCCGCCAGAGUAGUCAGCGUGCUAGCGGCGGGAAGAGAGGGCGAAAUUGACGAGAGCAACUUUGACCUACAGGUCUCCUUCUCUUUUGGCACUGCCGCGACAUAUGGUGCGACCAUGAACUCACUAGCGAUGGAAUACCUGGCAGCUAAACACCCCUCCGUCACUUUCAUUCACACGUUUCCUGGUGUUGUACAAACACCAUUGAUGAAGUCCAGCUUUGGAUACAUACUAGGGUCGGUGAUAGGCCUUGUAGCCAAGCUGAUGUCGAUAUCGGAGAAGGAGAGCGGGGAGCGCAAUGUCUUCAUCGCUACAUCUACUGCUUACCCGCCCGCAACACGCGCCGGAGAACGGUCGGUUGAUGGCGUCGGGGUCGCAGUAGCAUCGACAGGAAAACUCGGUUGUGGCUCGUAUCUCCUUGAUUAUGAUGGCAAAGACGUGACGAAUCAGACAUUGAUGAGGAGCUAUCGCGAGAGGGAGUACUUGACAAAGCUGUGGGAUCAUACACUAGACAUAUUUCAGAGGGUUCUUGGAUCAAAUACAUGA